UAAUGCUGAAUGUUCUUAUCGCAUUGAUUAAUGUCGCGUUCACCGCCGGCGACGAAACUUGGGUUCAAGCCUGGCUCCAGUACCGGCUUCAGAUCAUCCAGAGCGCAGAGAACUUAACAUAUCACAUACCAGGUGCACUUAGCGCUCAUUUCAAAAUCUAUCUUCUGCUUUAUUGCCAAUGCAUGCGCUAUCUUUCUCUUCGCAUCUAAUAAUUGUUCGCUUUUGGGGGUUUCUUCCUCUCUAAUCAAUAGGCUUCAGGCAGAUGUAUGACUGGUUUCCGAAUGAGAUAUACUGCUCGGCAACACUUCAGCAUGUCAAAAAAUACAAGGAAAAAUAUCAGCUCCAUUAUGAAGACGAAUCAGCGCUCGUCGAUAGUCAGGCAAAGAACCUCAGCGACAGCAACAACACUCCUUCGUCAGCCAAUGCCCAUAUCUAUUCAGCCUCUCAUUCUACGUCUGCGUCUAACCUUGCUUCUGGAUCUGCUACCAUAUUGGGUUCACUCACGGAUGUACCGGCAACGGAAGCAACAGCAUCAACAUUGACAGGAGUGUCAGCAACGGCGCCUCGAGGAGAACAAGAGUACCAGUAUCGCCAGGAAGAAGGUCUGCAAAUCGUGGAGAGGUUGAAGGAGAAGCUGAAGCAACAGAUGAAAGAUCAACUGAAAGAACAGCUCGAGGCACAGCAGCAGCUAUUUCAGAUACAGAUUGCUAUGCUCCAGGAUCAUUUCACUAACCUCAUGGUAGCUCAGAGUCAGCAUUAGGUUAUUGUGAUUUAUGAAACUAGGGGUAUGUCUGAUAGACUAGACUAUGGCCUGGUUGUAAAAACAUCAAGAAAUAAAACAGAU